GAAAGAGCACCAGACAGAAGGGUGUAGAGAGAGAGAGACAGAGAGAGAGAGAGAGAGCGGGGGUCAGUGUAUGUGUGGCCAGAGAGAGAGAGAGAGAGGACAGAAAGGCAGCUGGAGAGCUUGAGGGAGACGAUAGAGUGGGAGCGAUAGAGUGCAAGAUAAUGGAGGUGCAGUCGGAGUGUGUGGAGCCUCCUGUGGCCCCUCAGUGUGACCCCCAGCCCACAGGGAAGAUCAACAAAGCUGCCUUCAAACUCUUCGGAAAGCGGCGCACUGGCUCGGGAAUGGCCAGCUUCUUCUCCUUCAGGAACAAAGGGGCUACAAACAGCGGGAACAACGGGAAUUCUGACAAUGGGAAUUCUUUGAACGGAAACAGCUCGGCGUCAGUGGAACUCGUUAGGAGUAAAACCCACGAUGGACUAACGGGCUCGAACAACGAUGCUGAUGGACGGAGAGGGGAGGGGCUUGCCAGCCUGGAGACGGGACCAGUGAGGUCUCUCAGCAAAUCGCUGAGUUUCUUCUCUCUACUUCGGCGUGGGAGUUUUAGGUCUAGUGAAAAUGGAGGGGCGGGACUUGUUCGGAGAGGGAGGGGCCUGAAGGGCUUUUUCAGCAGCAUGCGAUGGAGACGCAAGGAAAAAACAAACGAGGGAGAAGGGGAGGAAGUGGAGAGGAAGAGGGAGAAGGAUGGGGAUGUUGCUGAUUCUGAAAAGGUAAAGGAUAUUACGCUCACCCUUGAACCCCCUCCGCAUCAUCACCAAGAGGAUUGUGGGAAUGCAGAGACAGAACCUAACCUAGAGACUCCCACUACUAGUGCUACCAUGACACCCCCACACUGUGUUGCCAUGCCAGGGCCAUCUGGUGAGCCAGACUCCCCCUUUCCUUACACUCCCACUGACUCGCCUCUGCGCCCUCCCAUCCAAAAAGCCAAAGCUUCAAUUUCCAGCCUCACUCCCUCCCUCGCUACGCCCCCUUUGGAUCGCUGCAGCACAGGCGACCCACCUUCGGAGCCCUCGGUGGAUCGCCUCUGCUCUCUCCUCUUCACUGACGUCACAUCCCUUAAGAGCUUUGAUUCACUGACGGGCUGCGGUGACAUUAUUGCUGACGCAGACGAGGAGGGGCCAGUGGGUAAUGGGGGCAGUGGCACCAGCAGCAGCAGCAGUGGCGGGGGAGGAGGCAGUGUGGGAGCGAGUGCUGGCAGAGCAGUUGGCAUCACCAGUGCCAUGACUCGUGGCUCCCCGGCCAAAACCUCUCUACCUUCCCAGCUGACCCAGCCCAUGUUUUCUGUUUCCACAAGCUCAGUGCCUUCCUCCCUCCCAGCCCGGGCCCGGGCACCGCCUCCACCGCAGCAGCACCCUGCAGGUAGUGGUGUGGUGGCCUACAUGGGUGGAGGGGAAGAAAUGGCCAGUCCAGAAGGAGUGGAUGAUGCAGAUAUGCAGGGGCUUUGGCACAUGCUGCCCUCUACAGGUGACAACUCCCCUGCCUUGCCCCGAUUGCACCAACCUCCCUCCUCCACCCCCACUUCCACUUAUCCCCCACGCGCCACCUCCAGCCUCGUGAGCAGCCACCUGCCCUCAGCCCCCAGGAGUGCAGACCGAAAGGUGCCCCAGGUGAAGGCACUGGGACUCAGUAAGAUUCCAGUAGUUGGCGGGGCAGGAAGUCGGACGGCUAAACCCCCUCUCCCUCACACACAUGGCCGCCUUCCCACCUCCCCUGGUGAAAAAGAGCCGCUUAGUGAUGAGGGCUACUGGGACACUCCCUCAGCAACACCCACGGCAACACCCGAUGAGAGCGGGCUGCAGCGUAACGAGAGGAUGGCCCUGUCACGCGACAGUUGCUCUGGAGACCACCUGUACGACCUCUACAAUGACCCUGAAGGAGAGGAUGAAGAGCAGGAGGACGAUCGACACACUACUCCCUCUCCAUCCACUGAAUACAAACUGAGCCCAACUUCCCAAACAACUCCUCCCUCCUCCUCCUCGUCUUCCUCCUUCCGAUCGAUGAAAGGCAGCACUAGCCUUCCUCGGGAGUCGAAGAUCCCAGUAAGCAGUAGUAAAACGCCACCCCCCCACUCUGCAAGCCAGUCAGCGCUCUCCUCUGUUCUGGAGGCCGAGUCCCCUCCACCAAAGACUGACGCGCCUCCCCCAGCUCGCACCAGGAUCCCUGUAUCAAAGGUGCCCGUUCGUCGCUCUGGAAACAAACCUGGCAGAGGAACAGCCCACAAGAAGUAGUUUCUCUCAGAUGGGCAGUUCCCUCCUUCUAACUUAUGGACUUGAGUGUACAUCACUUUGAUGCUGUUUAUGCAGAGCCAAAAGUUUUCCCAGACCAAGAAAAAUGUUGAGCCGUAGAGUUAACAGCCUAUAAAUUCCUCUCAAAUCUUAAAAGCUCUCAUUCCUUAAGUGUUUUGGCUUACGACAGGCUAGAAUAGAAUAAGUGGGUUUGUUCACUCGAGAAAGUCACGAGGAGACUCCAAAAAGCUGGGUUAACACUUCGCAGCUCUCACUGGAACUUUGGAGGCUGACUCUUGACAAUCCAUGGACUCGCAAUAGACACAUUUGCCUUGUACCUUCUCCUGGAAAAAAGCCCCUGACCCGCUGAGGGUUUUGACAGCUCAUGAUUGCACACUGCGAAAGAAAGAAAAAGCAGAGCACCUUUGUAUCUUUUACAUUUUUUCUUAUGGAAUUCCACAUGGCAUAACAUGAUUUGCUGAUAAGGACCUAAACUAAUCAGUGGGUUCCCCCCCCCCCCCCGAGUUUGUCAUUUUGUCUAAUCUGUAACAAAUUACCUCCUAAUCCUUUGAUUUUAGAGCCAAAGUAAAAAAAAAAAAAAAAAGAAAAAGAAAAAGAAAAAAUGAAAACCUUCAUUUCAAAGCCUCUAAUAUCUUGAACAGACUCAACAGUAUCCUGGAAUAACCCAACGUUUUGGUUCGGCUGUUUUCUGUUUUGCUCUUUGAAGUUGGUCUUCUUCCGACCGUUCACUGAUUAUUAAACUGUAUGUGCAAAUACCGAGAUCUGAACUGGUUUUAUUACUUACAUACUUUCAUACAGCUACACAUGUGGCAAAGCUACCCUGCGGAAUGCCACACAACAUCGUAUGUUUUUCUGAGAGGGGGACCUCCUCUGUUUUGACUGGUUCUUUUCUUCUUUUUUUUUUUUUUAAUUGUGGAUGGACUUCAUGCUUAGCAUCAGCCUGUUCCAUUUGGAUCUCGCUUAUAACCCAACGCAUCACCCCAAGUACAUCCAUAGGAUGUCAAUCUCUGGGAUUUACAACUGUUGAACCUACCAAUGGAAACUUACGAAACUAUCGCAAUACUCAUCCUGGAGGGAUCCUUUGCACUGAUGCUUCGACACACACACACACAAAAUUGUACAUGCACACACCCUCUCCCUCUCUGCAUGCAGUGCCACACCUACAAGGCGCAAAGGUCAGGGAACAUCGUCUCAUGCUGAAUGAUCUUCUUCACACACACUGUUCAACCUUUGGCACUGUCUUAGUAGCUAUGCUGGAUGACUUUCUUCUCUAAGGACACAUGCACAAACAUCCAAUUUUUUCUAGUUAGUACUUUCUCCCUCACUGGAUUUCAUACUGUUUUUAUAGGCUCCUCCUUCCUUACUCACACUGCACGGAUCUUAAACUGUGAUGGCACCAGCUCCUUCAGUGCUCUGCUUUCUGUUCUGUCUGUUCAUCUCUACUAACUAACACUGUCGAGGCUGAUGUGAGCCGAGGACAAGGAGGCAUUCUUUCUGUCAGCCAGUGUUAGCGAGCCAGAAUAUGCCUGCAGGUGUUUUUGUUUUGUUUUGUUUUUUUGUAAAAGUAGGCUGUGACCCAACAGUCACCACACAAGGAAAUACAGAUGACGGAAAUAUGUUUUAGUCUCAUGAUUAACUGAGUCAUAGCUUAUGACACAAAGAAAAACAUUGGGGACUGAUAUUAAAGUCUUUCACCCUUCUUUUCCUGCUAAUAUAGCAUUGUACAAGUUCAUAAUAGGAGCCACCACCACAGCAGUGGGUGAAUCUGAAUGUAGCUUGACAUCAUUGUAGAUCAUUGGUCAGCAUAUAUUUUCCUCUGUUGGCCUGUUUUCCUCUUUGUCCCUCUUAUGUGGGGGCAAGACAAAUGGUGGAGUUUGCUGCUUGCUAAGUCCCCCGUGCUCUGAAAAGCAAAGACAGACUACUGCACAGUGUUGCAGCCUCGCAAAGCACCACUUGUUUUAAGAAUGAGGGGGUGUAAUGCAGUCUUAAAAGGCCUUUGUCAGUGAUUCAGCGAGACAAGUUACAGGGAGCAGAGUGUUCACCCUGCCCUUCAGUUAACGAGAGACUUUUAUUUAUUUAUUUUUAUAGGAAAAAGACAUUUGAGAUGAUGCAAGUUCUCUCUAAUCCUGACCAUAAUGUUACCAAUGGGGUCAUUCUAGUUCAUGAUAGCUUUCCAUCUCAUUUAGGAUUGUGACGAUUGAUCCACAACACUGCUCCGGGUUCAGAUGUCUUUUCAGGCUCCUCACGGUGCAGCGCAGGACAGGCCAUGGGGUAACCUGAUCCGAGGUCUGUUCUGCAGUAAGUGUGUUUCUCACCCAAUUAAAAAGGGCAGGAUAAAGGUCAUCUGGGGAGCAGAGGAUGAUCAUGUCCUUUUAUGUUUUCUCUGCCUACACUGUGCUCUUCACUCUUUUGAUUUAUCAUGCAAUCACCCUCAUUCCCCAUGCCUUUGAGUGCCGACUGACUAAAGAGUGAUUGGAUGGAAACAGGCGGUGGCAUAAAGUGACUUUUUGGGUGAUUCCGAAGAGUCCAUGAUUUCCCUCCAUGAAUGUCACCAACCAAAUGGAAUUAAUGUGAAGACUAAGAGAAGGGAACUUUGAACUGGAAAAGGAAAGAUCUUUAUGCCUCAUAUGUUUGUUUAGAUAUUCCUUGGUUGAUCUACCACCUGCUACAGUUUGGUGUGAAAAUAGAAAGGUUGUACCUCCACUUCUCAGUUAAAAACUUUAAGUUGAACAUUUUGGUACCUCGAUCCAUCCAUCCAUAAGCAAAGUAAUGAUAACACUGAGGCCACCAUAUUGCCACUUUGCUCACUUCCUUGUAUUUCCUUUCCAGACUGAUGCCAUUGACCCUCUUUUCUUUCUGAUUACAAAUCUGGGCCUUUUUUGUGACCAUUCUCUGCGAUGAAAAGCACAUUAUGUUUUCCUUCUUUUUGUUACUGUCUGUUUGUUCACAGUGUGAAAUCUUUCCACUUUUCAUAUUUAAUGAAUAAAACUGUG